AUGGCAUUGAACGCGACCACAAAGCUCGAAGUCACAGAUUUGACACUAGAGACUUCUCUAACGGAUGUUGUUCUACCAUGCUGGCUGCCUGCAUUAUUACUUGUCUACUAUGGUCCAAAUGAGCUCGGUGGUGGUUUCACUGCAGCGAAUCACGGUCGGAGUAGAGGCACGCAAGGAAGUCGCUUUCUACUCAUGGCGGGUGAUUCUACUAUGAGGGAUGCAUGA